AGUAGUACUUCCACUGGCUUCUCCAUGGCUGUGCCGAAUGGCCCCAAACCCGACAAACCGAGUUUCCUCCUCUUGCUUGGUUGGGAUGUUGGGAUGGAUGUUGGGAACACAAUCUCGAGAAGCGUCAAAAGCUCCAGACACCCACACCAACAAUAGUCCCUUGUUAACAUGUCUGCUGCCAUCACUCCUCUCGGUGCUUUUCUGAGUGGCCUUGCCAUUGCUUCUGAUGCCACCUUGAUCAGUGACAAUGCUGCUGGCCAUGCUCCCAAAGCUCCACCAGCCCUGGAUCAACGUGACAGCCUCAAACGGUGGCAAAGCCGGCCCAAAACGAGCUUGAUCGACGACGACGACGAUGAGGACGACGACGUCGUCAUGCCUCCCAGUCUCCCUCAACGCACAGUCACUCCGGAUGUCAACUUCUACAAGACUAGUAUGCGUGUUCAGCCCCCUCGGCUCCCUCAACGCCAAGUCACUCCCGAUCCAAAGUUCUACGAGGAAAAGACCAUGGCUCUGGCAUCGGCUCUUCGAAAGCCCUGCGCCCCCCAGUUGACCACCACUCAAGAAGUGGAAUCAAUCGAACACGACACACCCAAGCUAGCAUCUUCUUGGAAGAUCGCCCCAUCACUCAAUCGCCUUGGGUCUGGCUCUUCUGUCACCAUGAUCCCUCAGCCGUGUCAACUGUCCAGGCAGGGGAGCCAAUCACAUUAAGAUUAUUUCGCAUCUCCACAUCUCCAAACUGAACAUUCUCGCCAGCCAGCGAUGGUGUUCCAUUCAUAUUUACAUACCAUUUGUACUAUACACUCAUAAACUAUACACUACUAGAACCCAACUAAUUUUG